AUGAGUAAAUUAAUUCCCAAGCGCUCUAUUCAAUCUCCUGUCUAUCAUGCCAAGUUAAAGGUCCAGUCCACAGAAUCACCUUUUAAGAAAGAAGACUUACAUCUGAUUUCAAAAGACUCCCUGGAAGCUGAUUCAGAGAGCCUCACUCAAGAGGCUAAGUCCCAGUCUGACUUUGAAGACCCGCUGCAGGGCAGUAUGGAGCCUGACAGCUUAGAGGAGAGCUCUCCGCAGGACAGCCUGAGCGAGACGGAGGAGGAAGCAAGCCGGAGAGCAGCUCGGGCGGCCGGCAAGGACAGCCGCCGUGCCCGGCACAGUGGUGCCGUCAACCGCCACCAGUGCGGAGAGGACAGAUACUCGGACCUCCGAUACGACGAACACUGGUCUCAAUAUGAAAGUGCAAAAUCAAGUACUAUACUAAGACGUCAAUCUUCUGAAACAUCCAGUGGUCAGCAGCAACCUUCCAGGAGACCAGCCAAGCACAAGAUUCGAAAACAGCAGAAACACAGCCGUGGCCUGAAGUCCUUCAUGACUGAAGAGCUGGUCUUCGGUCUAGGAAAUCAGAAAAACACUCCCAGACAGCAACAAAAUCAAAACAGGAGUAUUGAUAAUUCAAUAAAGCAUGAGGCAGUUGUGGUUAUGAAUGACCCUAGCAGUGAUUUACAACACUCAAGUGCACUUAGGAGCCAGGAUCCCAAAGGAGCCUCCAACAGGUUUGCCCCACCACAGCGCGCUUUUGACAAGGUGUUAUAUAGAAACGCUGGACAACACUCAGAGAUGAAUUUUAAUAAAGAAAAAAGACGCAAAGACCAAGAAGAGAGAAUAUUUUCAUACCAGCAGCUACACACGAACACUCUUUCCAAUAUGGACUUGAACUACCCUAAUGGACUUACUAAGAGACAAGUGCCCCUGAGUCACAAAGGCUCCCAGUCUGUUUCCAACGUAAAUGUUAACAGAGCGACUGAAAAUAAGAAGCAACCCAAACAAACUUAUACAGAAACAAAAUAUAAGAAUUUGGAAAUAUUAUGGAAAUUCCACUCUUCCUCCGACGGCCCACCUGCUAGAGCGUCCCCGGGCUCCCGGCUCACGCAGCUCAUGGAGCAGCAUCAGCAAGCCUUAAUGCAGCUGGCUGAGGUGCAGCCCAGUGCGGGGGCCUCAGCCAGCAGCAUCUUCCCACCCAUACUGUCAACAGGAGAAAGCGAAUCCCAACUCAGUUCAGAGGAAAGCCAGAGAAACCAGAUGAAAAUUAGUCGUGCCAACUCUGAAGGCUAUCUGUUUCAACUAGAAAGGGGAAAAAAGCGUAGAAAAAGCAGCAUUAAGAGUUCCAAGCUGAACGGUUAUCAGAAAAGAGACGUGAAGCUUGGAGGCCUUGGACCUGACCUUGAGUCCAUCAGAGAUAAAAUGCAGAAAUUGAUACAGCAAAAGGAGUACGCAAAACAGGUUAAGGAGCACAACAUGAGGGCGCUGUCCCUCCCGUCGAAGCCACGAGCGACACACGCUGAAAACAAAUCGGCCAUCUCUAGGCAGAAGGCGCUGGAAUAUGCUAAGACCAUCCCAAAACCCAAACCUUCCAUUCUGACUGAUCAAGCGCAAAAGGGAAAGAAAAACCCAACCUAUGCUGGAAAAGAAGACACUUUACCUGAAAUCUCACUGCUGGAAAUACUGCAGAGCAGACACGAGAGGGAAAAGCAAGCUGUGGCUGCUUUCAAAGUCCUUCACAUUGUAUAGCCAAGUGUGGGAGACCAGGACUGCCCAGGGAAUGGGCGUGGGCCACGGAAACGCCAGCCAGCCCCUCUGCAGAGAGUGAUGACCGAUCAUCAUCAUCAGACUGCAGUUCUUGUUUGCUCUGCCUGGGAUUUAAAAUAUGGGGCCCGAUUACAUUAUGGUGCCAUAUUUUACUUUCUAGGAAGAAAACUUUUAAAUUAUUUUCAAACCAGUUAGAAUUUGGGCUUAGUAAGAACUAGGGAAUAAAGCCUUUGGGUUUUAUAUUGGAUCUUUUGACUUCUUAAACAAUUUGUACCCUUCUUUAGCAUAAUGAAAACCAUGAAAUUACCCAGAGAUAAGUUUAUCAACUUGUGUUUGUCUCUCUUACAUUCCUGAUA